GAGGGGGGCUGGGGGGGAGUAGUAGCUGGCAUUUAAAGGGCCCGGUCAGCUGACAGACUCCAGCCCGCGUCUAGCCCUGGGGGCCUGGGUCCCGGCUGCCCAGGAAGAGAUGAUGGCGAACCGACUCGGCACAGUGCUCCUGGGCAGGCCCGGGGGACCGCGGAUGCCGGGGUUCUGGGGAGGAUGUAGAGUUCAGGUAUUUGCCGCAAUCUUCCUGCCGCUGUUGUCUCUGGCAGAAUUUGGGGCUGGGAUAAGGAACGACUUCAGUCUGGUUCAGCCGCUGGUGACCAUGGAGCAGCUGCUGUGGGUGAGCGGGAGGCAGAUCGGUUCUGUGCACACCUUCCGAAUCCCGCUCAUCACAACCACUCCUCAGGGCACUCUCCUUGCCUUCGCCGAGGCCAGAAAAAUGUCCACAUCGGAUGAGGGGGCCAAGUUCAUUGCUCUUCGGAGAUCCACUGACCAGGGCAGCACAUGGUCUCCGACAGCUUUCAUCGUAGAUGAUGGGGAGACCCCAGAUGGGCUGAACCUGGGGGCAGUGGUGAGCGAUAUGGAGACAGGAGUGGUGUUCCUUUUCUAUUCCCUCUGCGCUCACAAGGCUGGCUGCCAGGUGGCCUCCACCAUGUUGGUGUGGAGCAAAGAUGACGGGGUUUCCUGGAGCCCUCCCCGGAAUCUCUCGUUGGAUAUUGGCACCGAGAUGUUUGCCCCUGGACCAGGCUCUGGCAUCCAGAAGCAGCGGGAGCCGCGGAAGGGCCGCCUCAUCGUGUGUGGCCAUGGGACGCUGGAGCGGGACGGGGUCUUCUGCCUCCUCAGUGAUGAUCACGGGGCCUCGUGGCGCUACGGCAGCGGGGUCAGCGGCAUCCCCUACGGCCAGCCCAAGCGGGAGAACGACUUCAACCCCGAUGAGUGCCAGCCCUACGAGCUCCCAGAUGGCUCGGUCGCCAUCAACGCCCGGAACCAGAACAACUACCACUGCCACUGCCGGGUAGUCCUCCGCAGCUACGACGCCUGUGACACAAUACGGCCCCGGGACGUCACCUUUGACCCUGAGCUCGUGGACCCUGUGGUAGCCGCAGGAGCCAUAGCCACCAGCUCCGGCAUCGUCUUCUUCUCCAAUCCAGCGCAUCCCGAGUUCCGUGUGAACCUGACCCUGCGCUGGAGCUUCAGCAAUGGUACCUCGUGGCGGAAAGAGACGGUCCAACUGUGGCCAGGCCCCAGCGGCUACUCCUCACUGGCAGCCCUGGAGGGCAGCAUGGGAAAACAGAUUCAUCUUCAUACGUGUAAUGAGGAGUAGCAGGGGGAGCCCUGUGAGAUAUUUAAAAAUCUGCCCUGUUUCAUAUUGCUAAGAUGGAGUCCUCUGGGAGGCAGGGGGCAGGUGUGUGAAAUGCAGAUGGGAAGCCUCUCACCCAGACCAACCUGGCAGAGAAAUAAGCACGGUGACAAAUUAUGUGAGAAAAUAGCACCAUCCUCAGGCAGAUGCUGUGAAGAGAAUGGGCAGCCUACAGAUGAGUGGGAGAGCCAUAUGUAACUUUCCUCCAUAUGGAGGAGGAAAGAAAAUAUGAUGCCUAGAUGAGGUGAUAAGAAUGUUAAAGACUGAGGAGUAAGGGUCACAUUCACUUACAGUUAGAGAUUCCUUUUACUUUCAACUUACUUGUCUAAUUAUCCUAACAUCUAAGAAAUGUUAGGUUAAUUCAUUCCGCCAGAUAGGAAAAGUGGAAUAAUCCCACUGUGUGUGAGGAUAUGGUUCAGUUUUGUAUUUGAUCCAGAAUUUGUGAUAAAAAAGGUAAUACUUCAAUUUUUUCACUUACAGACAUUUUUUUUAAAAAGAUUUUAUUUAUUUAUUUGAGAGAGAGAGAAUGAGAGAGAGCGAAUACAUGAGAGGGGGGAGGGUCAGAGGGGGAAGCAGACUCCCUGCCGAGCAGGGAGCCCAAGCCCGAUGCGGGACUCGAUCCAGGGACUCCAGGAUCAUGACCUGAUCGAAGGCAGUCGCUUAACCAACUGAGCCACCCAGGCGCCCUCACUUACAGACACUUUUAAAAACACAAAGGUAGAGAAAAUAGCUUAAUGAACGCCAUGUACGCCCCACAUGUCCAACAUUUGCUUCCUCCGAUUCUUUUUUCUUUUCCUUUCCUUGGUUGAAAUACUUUGAAGCAGAUCCCAGACUUUGUGACAUUCACCCCUACGUUCUUAAGUAUGCAUCUCAUUCUUUAAAAAUGGAACAUUUUAUUAUGUAACCAUAACACCAUUGCACACCCAAAACAUUAACAAUAAUUUUUUUUUUUUUAAAGAUUUUAUUUAUUUAUUUGAGACAGAGUGAAUGAGAGACAGAGAGCAUGAGAGGGAGGAGGGUCAGAGGGAGAAGCAGACUCCCCGCCGAGCAGGGAGCCCGAUGCGGGACUCGAUCCCGGGACUCCAGGAUCAUGACCUGAGCCGAAGGCAGUCGCUUAACCAACUAAGCCACCCAGGCGCCCCAACAAUAAUUCUGAUAUCAUCUAAUAUCCAUCCAGUCAAUGUGCAAAUUUCAUCAAAUGUCUCAAUGUCUUAUUUAUAGUUUUGUUCAAAUCAGGAUCCAAAGAAAACCUAUAUAUUUCAUUUUGAUGUCUCUUAAAUCUAGAUUAAUCUGCCAUCCCACCUCCCCUCUUUCAAUUUUUCUUGAUACCAUCUAUGCAGAAAUAGAGACAUUUAUCCUAUAGAACGUUCCACUCUGAUUUGUCAGUUUGCUCCUCAGACUGUCAUUUAACUUCUUCCUCCAUCCUUCACAUUUCCAGUUAUCAAACCUGAAGGCCUGGCUGCCGAUCCAUUUUGGGGGCGGGGGCGGGGGAGAGGGCAGCAGGAUAAGAUCCCUUCCCAGGUGGUGUCUGCUUCCUACUGUACCCCCUCAGGGGGCAAGUACUGAGUAAAGCUGAGCUUGAGCAGUGGGUUCAGGUGGCCACAGCCUGACCCCUCCUUUGUAAGUUCCCCCCAUCAACCCUCCAACUGACAAUUUCAUCCACAGAUGGGUUUUGCCUGAACCAUUUUGAGGGGUUGUGAAAUGUUGAUUUUUUUAAUUCUAUUAUUUCUACCCAUUACCUGAAAUUCUUCAGUAAAAAGAGAGCUUUCCCUCUGGGUGCCUCGGUGGCUCAGAUCGUUAAGGGUCUGCCUUUGGCUCAGGUCAUGGUCCCAGGGUCCUGGGAUCGAGUCCUGCAUCGGGCUCCCUGCUCCUUGGGAGCCUGCUUCUCCCUCUGCCUCUCUCUCUCUGUCUCUCAUGAAUAAAUAAAUAAAAAAUCUUAAAAAAAAAAAAAAAGAGCUUUCCCUCAUCAAAGCUGUUGGGUUACCCUGAAGCAUUGUAGGGAAAGGCAGGAUAAACGCUUAACUUCCCCCCUUUUACUUGCCAGUUCUCAGAGUAAACUGACUGAUGUAAUACUUUGUCUUGGCCAGUAAACCACACUGUUACCAACCACACAGGGGACAUAUAGAGGAAGAAUCUGUGGCCGGUAGGAGGAGGCAGGGGGACAUCUGAGGGAAGAAAGGAGAGAGAAACCCAGGCCCCAGGCAGCAUGGCUGGUGGGGUGAGGGGGUCUGUUUUUCUAAUACAGAUCACAAGAUAGGUAUGAUGCGAGAAGAUCGGAGAGGAUGCGAGAAGAUCGGAGAGGGUGGCGUCUGCAGCAAUUGGGACAUCUAUCUAAUAGCACUAAAAAUUGCACCUCUGACAAGGUCUUGCCAACAGUGCUUUUAGAAAUACUGGGGGAGGGGGCGCCUGGGUGGCUCAGUCGGAUAAGAGUCCGACUCUUGAUCUUAGCUCAGGUCUUGAUCUCAGGGUCGUGGGUUCAAGCCCAGCAUGAAGCCUACUUAAAAAAAAUAAAAAUAAAAAAAUACUGGAGGAAAGAAAGGAAAUGAUACCAUGAAUGUCUGACCCAUGAGCUACUGUGUCAUUUAAGUAGAUGUGGCAGAAGGCUUGUGAAGAGUGACCUUGUUCCUUUUUAGCCAAGAACCAUCAGCUGAGAGAGGAUCCUCCCCCAGGAGGGUGUGGGGCAGAGCCCUGGGCCCCAUCCCUGGGCCCCAUCCCAGAACUGCAAGUUCAGUAUUCUAGAAUCAAUCUGGGAUUUGCAUUUUAAAUUUAUUUAUUUAUUUAUUUAUUUAUUUGAGAGAGAGAGAGAUAAACCCUAGUGGGGUGAGGGACAGAGGGAGAGAGAAUCUGGAGCAGACUCCCCUCUAAGUGAGGAGCCCAUUUAGCCUAGACUUAGGAAGAAUAGACUUCAAAACACUGUAGAAAAGAUCUCAAGGGGAGCCUGGGUGGCAUCUGCCUUCCGCUCAGGUCAUGAUCUCAGGGACCUGGGAUCAAAUCCCACAUGGGGCUCCCUGCUCAGCAGGAAGCCUGCUUCUCCCUCUCUCUCUGCCCCUCCGCUCCUGCUCAUUUUCUUUCUCUCAAAUAAAUAAAUAAAAUCUUAAAAAAAAAAAAAAAGAUCUCAAAAGAGAAACUGUUUCAGUAGGAAGAAUUUAUGUCCAAAAAACAAGUAACCCUAAUAGCCGGCUGGGACCAAACCUGCUUAUUUACCCCAGCACCUUGAAUGCCCCCACAACAGCUGCCACAUGGUGGGUGCCUCAUACUGGAGGCAAGACAGAUCAGGGUGGGUAAGGAGCUAGGCCAGUGGUUCUCAAAGUAUGGUCCCAGAUGGGCACAGGGGAUCUCUUUUAAUGUAAAGGGGGGAUUGGAAGGAAUGUCUGGAGGCUGUAAGAGGAAGGUGUAGUGCUUAUCUGUACAAAUGGGACAGAGCAAACAUAGCCUGCAGCCUGGCCAGUGUCUCCUAGGCGAGCAGCCACAUUCUAGCCUGGAGCUGGGCCCCUAACACAGGCCCCUCCCCUUCACCCACCCCCAUCCCUCUCCCCAGCCCCUGGGCUCAGGACUGAACUCUGGGCUCUCUCUCCCUGUCCUCAGGCUGCCCUUAAACAGUGAGAAAAGAUCAUUAACAACUUAGGUUGAGCAGCAAA